AUGUCCCCGGAGGCGGCGGCGCGGAUGUUUGAGCUCGACGUGUUGGGGGACAUUCGGAGGAUGCUUCCGAAGCCGGACCGGCUGAGCACGCCGCCGGAUACGCCGGAGUCGCUGGACGUGGACAACGUGUUUCGAGAGUUGUUCCACGACGACGGCGACGACGGUGACGGCGACGGCGACGCGGGGACGACCGCCGCGCUCUCAGGCGCGUUCGUUCUAUCUUACACUGGUCCCCAUACGACCGCGUUCGCGUGGUGA